UUUGUUUUCUUCUUAGGAAUCAUGCGUGAGUCACCCAAUAUCUUUGUACGGGACACAUGCACAACACAACUUGCAUCUCACAGUAGCCUACACUACUGUGAGCUUGUGACUGUGCGUGCCUUGAGGAGGCCCCAAGCAGCUGAGCAAGCAAAAGCAAAUCUUCUCAGUUCUCACCUUCCCAGAUUUUAUACUCCAUUGGCUGCACGUCCCACGGCCUCCCCAUUUCAUUUCUUCUUCGUCUCGUGAGCCAUGAAUGAGCUCUGCGACCUCAAGGUGCACAUCAACGGUCAUCACACGCUUCAUCUCCACCAGAGCGUCAUGUGUUCCUUUUCGGGGAGGCUGAGGACAAUGGUGAAGCAGGAGAAGAAGAAGACGAGCAGAAAAGAGGCCUUGUGCAUCAAGUUCGCCGAGUUCCCGGGCGGCGCCGAGGGCUUCGAGCUCGUUGCCAGGUUCUGCUAUAACAAUGGCCGCGUCCCGCUCUGCCCCUCCAACCUCCCGCUCCUGCACUGCGCCGCCGUGUUCUUGGAGAUGACCGAGGAGGUGUGCGCCUGCAACCUGCUGAGCCAAGCGGAGGCCUUCGUGAACGGGCUCUACUACUGGACCUGGACCGACGUCCUCACCGCGGUCAAGAGCUGCGAGCCCUUCGCCACGGCGGUCGAUGCCUCCGGCCUUCUCCAAAAGCUCAUCUCGGCUCUGUUCUCCAAGAUCACCGCCAACCCAGAGACGCCCACCGCUGCCGCCGUGGGGACACCGAACCGUUCCUCGUCAUCGUGCUCCUCUUCGCCGGACACGGUGGGCUUCGGCCGGUCGUCAUCCACCAAGACGCCGGAGUCGAUGAAGCCGUGCGUCGGCAGGGAGUGGUGGUUCGACGACAUGACGUCCCUAUCCGCGCCGACCAUCGAGAAGGUGAUGCGAGUGCUCGGCUGCUACGGCAUCGAGAACAAGAACCUGAUACUGACACGGUUCUUGCUGCACUACCUCCGCGCGGCCACUCGCAGGCCGGCGCUCUGCAAGGAGGGCACCCUCGCCGGCCUCGCGGACACGGCAGUGCACGGCGUGGCGCUGGUCGGGGGCACGGCGUUCUCGUGUCGGGGCCUGUUCUGGGUACUGAGAAUCGUGUCGGCCGUGGGGCUGAGCAAGGAGUGCAGGCACAAGCUGGAGAGGCUCAUGGGGCUGAUGCUGGACCAGGCCACGCUCGACGAUCUCCUCAUCUCGGGCGACGACGGCGGCGUCUACGACGUGAACCUGGUCAUGAGGCUGGUCAGGGUGUUCGUGAGCUCCGAAGAGGAAGCCAACGCGCCGUCGCAGAGGAUGAGGAAGGUGGGGAGGCUGAUCGACAAGUACCUCGGGGAGAUCUCGCCGGACCAUGGGCUGAAGGUGUCCAAGUUCCUCGCCGUCGCCGAGAGCUUGCCGGACUCAGCGAGGGACUGCUACGACGGCGUGUACAGGGCAUUGGACAUCUACCUUGAGUCGCACCCGGCACUAUCCCUCGAGGAGCGCACCACGCUGUGCCGAUGCGUGAACUACGAGAAGCUCACUCUGGAGGCGUGCAAAGAUCUCGCCAAGAACCGGAGGAUCCCGCCGGGGGUCGCGGUGCAGGCGUUGGCAUCGCAGCAGUCCAAGCUCCAGAUCAACAAGCCCGCCGCGACCGCGAAGGAGGGCAGGCACGACCCGUCCGAGACGCCGCGGAGGGUCGUCCGCUCCAGCGCCGGCCCGCGCAACCGCAGCGUGGACCUCGACGGCGCCAGCGACGAGAAGGAGUUGCUCAGGCUGAACCUGCAGAAGAUGCAGAGCCGGGUGGUGGAGCUGGAGCGUGCGUGCAAGGAGAUGAAGGGCCAGAUGUCCAAGAUGGCCAAGGGCAAGUCCUGCCAUCAGACCGGUGGCAGAGGCUUGCCGAGGCUGUGCUAAUGGAGAAUCAUCAACAUCUUUUUUGGUGAGGUUGUCACAUAGCUUGCAUUUUUCUCUUGAUCCCUUUUGUAAAGAUAAUUCGGUGGUGCAUUGAUCCUUUUCCUUUGUGUUGUGCCGGUUGUGAGUGAGAUAGAUGAGCAAGAAUGAAAGGGAUGUAAAGUUUUUACCGUUGUCCCUUGUUGCUUUCUUCUAGUAUUCUUUUUUCUGCAACUUCACUGUGAUUUCAUCCAUA